AUGGAGGGGAGCCUGAAUUCGUGGCAGUCGCUCAUUCACAUCUUGUCUCUUUUGCCUCUCGCUUUAGGUGCAACCCUUAUGGUGAUCACGGAGAUGAACAAAGAAGCCUCCAUAAUCGUUUCAGCCUGCAUCGCGUUGGUUUACACGCUGUUCGGUGGCCUCUACUCAGUUGCAUACACCGACGUUGUGCAACUGUUCUGCAUCUUCAUAGGCUUGUGGAUUUGCGUUCCUUUCGCAAUGAUGAAUGAAAACGUGGCAUCUCUUGGUUCAAAUCCUUCCCGCUGGGUCGGCGAAAUUCAACCAAUUGAUUCAGUAUAUUAUGCGGACAACUUGUUCAUGCUGAUUUUGGGCGGCAUUCCUUGGCAGGUUUACUUUCAGGUGAGGAUAAACCAGACUUCUGUUUCAGCCGACCGACUCUUCACCUUCAACCACUUUUGUUUCUCACAGCGGCUUUCCAUUUUGACAUUUUAUGUUAGCAAUUGUAGACACGAGUUUCCAUUUUAUACACUUGAAAUGUCCUGUUGCCAAUGGAGAAAGAUUUUUCUUUGUCUCCAUGAGUUACUCCAUGACUUUAAUAUACCAGCAAUAAAACUUGAAAAGUGA